AUGACUAUUCCAAGAUCUCUGGAAAUACAGGACAUCUAUGAGGAGAUUGAUCAAUGUGAUCAGAUUCAGGAAGUGAUAUCACGUAUUUCAGCUGGAGAAGAAGUGAAAUCCGGGUAUCAGCUAAUCGAGGGAAGACUGUUAUACAAGAAACGUUUGGUGAUUCCCAACACCUCUCGUUUCAUUCCUUUGAUUCUCAAGGAGUACCAUGAUGGAAUGCUAGGUGGUCACGCUGGUGUGUUGAGGACUGUUAAACGCAUCCAAGAAAAUUUUCAUUGGUCAGGGAUGAGAGAAAUGGUGCAGAAGCAUGUCGCGGAAUGCCAAGUUUGCCAAACAAGCAAGCAUUCCACGCUAUCACCGGCUGGUUUGCUCCAACCACUUCCGAUUCUAGAGAGGAUAUGGGAAGAUAUCUCUAUGGAUUAUAUUGAAGGACUUCCAAAUUCUCAAGGAAUGAAUGUGAUAUUUGUGGUGGUAGAUCGACUAUCAAAAUACGCUCACUUUCUUAGCCUUCAUCAUCCCUUCAAUGCUAUGGAUGUAGCUCAAAAUUUUACGAAGGAGGUUGUUCGGCUACAUGGAUUUCCGCGGUCCAUAGUCUCUGAUCGUGAUAAGAUUUUUCAUAGUAACUUUUGGCGUGAAUUGUUCAAGCUAGCAGGAACACAACUCAAAUUCAGCACUGCCUAUCAUCCUCAAACCGAUGGGCAAACUGAGGUACUUAAUCGCUGUCUUGAAACAUAUCUUUGGUGUUUCACUUCCGCUCACCCGAGACAUUGGCAUAAGUUUCUCAGCUGGGCCGAGCUUGGGUACAAUACCUCAUACCACACAGCGGUUAAAACCUCACCUUUUCAGAUUGUAUAUGGGCGCGAGCCUCCAUCUUUCUUACAGUUUGAAAAGGGUGCUACACAAAAUGGCGAGUUAGAAGCAAUGCUCCAAGAGAGAGAUCAAAUGAUCAAUGAAGUGAAGGAACAUUUAUCUCGGGCUCAGAGCAUUAUGAAGGAUAAUGCGGACAAACAUCGACGUGAGGUGAAUUUUGAGGUUGGUUCUCUGGUGUUUUUUAAGUUGAGACCAUACCGUCAAACCUCUAUCACAAAACGCUUGUGUCAGAAAUUAUCUACGAGGUUUUAUGGCCCUUUUAAGAUCUUGGAGCGUAUUGGGAAGGUUGCAUAUCGUCUAAAGCUCCCAGAUGAUUCUAAGAUCCAUCCGGUCUUUCACGUCUCUCAGUUGAAACAGGUUCUGGGUAAAGAUCAUGUGGUUUCUCCUCUCUCACAGGCUUUAUCUCCGGUGGAUGAAUUGGUUGUGGAACCUGAUCAAAUUCUAGAGACAAGAUAUUCCGAAGAUUGA